UUGAGGGAUCAUGAAUUCAAUUGGAAUUUCUUUCGCUUCCUCUUUACGAUGAUCAAACAUAUUGGGCUUCAAACACUUCGUUCCUCCUGCCGCAGAACUUCCAUCACUCCUUGGCGUUCUGUCCGCAAGUUCGCCUCUCAUCCAUACCAGACACAAUCCACGUCCUCCCCAGCGUCGCCCCUUGGUGUGAUAACUGCUGAGCUAGACAAUAUUGCUCCUAGGUUUGAAAUACAGCCAUCCCAGAUUAGCAUCUUAGACUCUCCCGCUAACUUCUACGACACUCUGAAAGAUAAAAUUCGAAAUGCCAAAAAAAGAAUAUAUCUUUCAACUCUAUAUAUUGGCAAGACGGAAUUCGAGCUCAUCGAAACCAUAAAUGAAAGCCUGCGUCGAAACUCCGAGCUCCAGGUCUCGAUUCUGACGGAUGCUCUACGGGGUACUCGCGAAAGCCCAAAGCAAUCUUGUGCAUCCCUUUUAGCGUCCCUAGUCGCAGAACAUGGUCCGGAUCGCGUGGAGAUACGGAUGUUUCACACCCCUAACCUUACCGGGCUAAAAAAGAAAUACGUGCCGAGGAGAAUAAAUGAAGGAUGGGGCCUACAGCAUAUGAAGCUAUACGGAAUCGAUGAUGAAAUCAUAUUAUCCGGAGCAAACCUCUCAAACGACUACUUCACCAACCGAUUAGACAGAUAUCAUGUCUUUAACUCAAAACCACUAGCUGACUAUUACUCCCGAAUCCAUCAUUCAGUCUGUAGCCUCAGCUUCCUAGUCCUCCCAGACUCGGAGGAUAAAACGGGAUAUGCUCUCUCCUGGCCAGCGUCUAAUGGUACUCCAUCACCGCUUGAUGACCCGGAAAACUUCAUUUCAUAUGCAUCCACCAUUUUGGUACCCUUAAUAAAACCAUCGAAAUCUAGCCCUCUACCACCGCCGGCGUCAUCUAAGCCCACAUUUGUCUAUCCGGUGGCGCAGUUCAGUCCACUAUUAAAACCUGAUGAAUCCACCGAAUACCCUGCGGUGACAACAAUCCUCAGCCUCCUUUCCAGCUCACCUUCCUUAGCAAACUCCAGCUGGCUUUUUACAGCAGGUUACUUCAACAUUCACCCUGUCCUAUCGUCCCUCUUGAUAUCCAGUACAUCUUCAGGAGCAACGGCCAUAUCUAGAACUCAAGGCACUGUCGUAACCGCUUCACCCUGGGCGAAUGGAUUUUACGGCUCUGCUGGUGUAUCAGGAAUGCUGCCAGCAGCAUACACCCAUCUGUCGGCACGAUUUCUGGAUCGUGUUGCAGAAGCUCAAAAAACUAACUCAAUUCAACUGAAGGAAUGGCGACGCGGCACCGUCGGACAACCAGGAGGAUGGACCUAUCAUGCCAAAGGUCUCUGGAUAACUCUUCCCGAUAACAAACACCCGAACAUCACUUUCGUAGGGAGCAGCAACUAUACAAAGAGAAGUUACAGUCUUGAUUUGGAGGUCGGAGCGGUCGUAGUGACGUCCGACGAAUCUCUGACACGGAGAUUGUCAGAGGAGACAGAGUGGUUACAGAAGGACGCCACUGCCUUGUCCAGGGACGAUCUGAGAAAGGUUGAGAGGAGGGUUGGAUGGAAUGUACGAUUAGCUAUGUGGAUUGUGGAAAAGGUUGGAGGGGCAUUGUAGAUUAAUAUAGACAAUAUGGACUUCAUCUCGCGAGCAUUGUACAACUGUACAGUACGAAAUCCUUUGAAGGCGUUAUUAUGUUAUUAUAGACAUUGAAGGACCAAAUAUAAAAUAUGGUUUGGUUUAUUAAAGCCAAUAAUUGUUCGCCCGAACUUUUUCCAUUCCUCGGGACGCCUGCUUGACCCAUUUUAUCUAUGCCAAUUUGCUGAAUAUUAUUUAUAAAAUAUCCUCAACGGCCGAAUGUAUGCACCGAUUAGAAGACAAAACGCCUUAAACAUGAUCCGAACAUGCAGUCAUUAGCUUGAGUCAAGAAAUGACAACCAAAAUCAUAAGGGGAUUCCCCUAUACUUUCCCAGGUAAUCUCGCCGGUCCCAGACCCUGUCGAAUCUCGUCGAGCAUCCGAAUUCCGACGACCUCAUUUCCAUUCUUUCCCCUCUUCCCCUUCGGCCCCUUCCUUUUAGCAUGCACUCCACGAUCAUCCCACCCAUCCAAGAACCCAUCCAUAAUCUGAUUGAAGUCUGACCGAAGCGGUGUCCCACCGCUAACCAGACUUGGUAUUUCAGAGACCGUUGACAUCCCACUAACCACAGACAUGUCAUCAGCCAUGCUAGAGCCAUCGUAGUCCUCGCCUUGUUCAUCGACCGCAUAGAGCGCUUCAAUUCUCUCGAACCUGUCGUCGAGAAGACGAUGGCCCUCAGUUCGCGCGAGAGAUGAUGAGGUCAUCGAGUACGCAGAGGGGUUGGUGAGUGCCCCCUUACGUUUUUUUCUGCGGACGGGGGUCCCGCCAGCGGUGAACAUUGUAGAUGCCACGGUUCCAGCAUGUAACACGGAGACGGUUUCUCCCUGUGUAGAGGGUGCGGAGGGCUUGGAUUUCAUAUCUUUCUUGUACUGGGCGAAAUUUCGAAGCCAGUCUCCCUCUGCGGCAGCUGUGUCUGGGAUGUGCUCAUCGUCUACAGGUCCUUUCGUGGAUGGUGUAGCAGCUUUGGUGCUUACACUUGGUUGCUUUGGUGCCUUUUCCGUUGCGUCUGAUUCCCAGCCUUCGUCGUCAUCUUCAAUAUGGGUAUCCCUCCAUUCACUUGGAUCUACUUCAGCAUCUAUCCCACCUUGCACCAGAGACUCAAACAAGUCACCAUCUUCGUCACUAUCAACAAAUGCAUCGUCUUCAAGGGCCUCCAGGGCUUCUCUUAGUCGAGGAUCCAUAUCUGGUUGAAAUCCAGCAAUGGCAUCUGGGACAUCUUGUUGGUCUUGAUAUGUUUGUUUCCGAGAAUAUGCUGAAGCCGUGGAAAGCGCAUCGUGAUGGCGAACCGACGCAAGAUCCUCUACAUCAUCAAGCGAAGUUUCCUUCAAUGCCUCCUCAAGCCUCAUGCCUUUGAUCUUCCCUUUCCCCUUCACCGGCGUCGCUUCAACAAAAUAUGACUGUCCACUCCCAUCACCGCCCAAGUCCCGCAAAUGCUGCAUAUAAUCAUAUUGGGAAUCAUCGUAAUAUAUCCCAUAGUUCGCCGCUUCACCUUCAUUCUUGCGUAUCUGGGAGCCUGCAAAUUCCUUCUCGAGUUCCGACAGUACCUUGGAAGCUCUUGAAGGUUUCAAAGAUGAUUCCGUUGUUGGAGUACUGGAUACCUUGUGAAGGACUCUAUCGUCCGCGUCUGGGUCGUGUAUUAAAGGGUCAUUUUGCGACCUG